GUGCCGCACGGACUGUAAUUUGACUGCCGCCUUCACAGUGCCAGUCAGUCGACUUUUUCCUGUGUGUGAGCGAAGUGCGUCUAGAAACUUUCUUAUUUAUUUUCCUUUCUUAUUAUUUUUUCUUUUCUGUCCCAAUAUGUCUAUCAGUCGGAAAAACUGGUCGGCUUUGUCCAGCCUAGCGCGCCAGUGGACGAUGGAAGAUGAGGAGGAGGUGGAGAGGGAGAAAAGGAGGAGAGUGAAGAGCUCGAGCAGCACCACUGACCCAGAUGCACCAAGAGAAACGCCCACCAGCGACAGCACCUUUGGGACAGACUCCACAAGUGAGACGUCCCAUGGCCUCAGCAGUGUGGAGCAAAUCCAGCUGGACUUUGUGGAGAUGCUGCGAGUCCGUGAUGAAAAGCGGAGGAUGAGACACGUGGAGACACUGAGACGACAGAAGGAGGAAGGGGAGGAUGAAGCAGAGGCUACCAGAGGAGGAGGAGGAGGGGCCAGGGUGGAGUUACUGGGUGACUUGGAAGAGGAGCAGGGCAGUGUGUUACCCUCUGUGAAAACCACAUCCAAACCACAACCACCCCAAAAAACAGCCUCUUACAGUCACAGCAGCAGCAGCAAUAUCAAUGCUAACAGCACAAACAGACAACAUGAAAAUGGUGAGUCGUCAAGCAAAGACCCUGAUCCCAAGUCACCAUCCAACCCGGCUCGCAAGUUUGUCAGCUCUGUGUCCAUCUCACUCGACAAGAGUCCCUCUUUCAGCGGGCGCACAACUCCCAUGAGCCCUUGCUCUCCAACCGCCCCCCUGUCACCUCGAGAACACUGGACCUCACCCUGCCAGAGUCCCUCUCCCAGGGGAGCUCAAAACCCUGUUCAGAACGGACACACACAGGAGACCAGCAAGAAUGGCUCUUCCUCCAACUUUGAACAGACGGCCAAACCUGCCUUCGUACGACAGAGUUCCAGGACUAUAUCCUUCAGGAUGAUGAGGAAAAAAGAAGAAGAGAGUGCACCACUGCAGAGGAGUGCGAGUGUGAGGAUGGCCACCAAGAAGUUUGAAUCCAACACAGACCAGGACCAAAAUGAAGAUGAAGACAAACCAUCAUCUUUCCAGAGAAACUCUCGGCAGAGGAUUUCAUCCAGGUCCAUCCAGGAGAAGAUGGAGAGACUGGCUCAGGCUGCACAGAAGUCAGAAACUGUGCGAUCUCCAGACGUGACCCAGAGGACCCUGUUCCUGCUGGAUGAAGUGUCUAGGAAGAGAGGUCUCUUUGAGAAGGAGGCGCAGGUAGCGCCCCCCGCCAGCCCUGGAGUUUCUAGACAGGAAUUUAGGAGCUUUGCAUCAGGAAUGUCGGACCGCGUCAACCGCUGGCUCAACAAGACCAACCAAACUGGGCCUUCACACACUUCUACUGACUUGAGACAUGUGGACAUCAACAGUAAGAGGACCUUGUUUGAGAACAGAGCAGAGGACACUGUCUCAAAAGCCAGUCCUGGAAAAAUCUACAAGUGAAGGAUGACCACUUAUAAUGUCCAACAGGAUUAAGAAGAUGACAAGAGGAGAAGAAGAGAACUGGAAGACUAAUUAAUGCCGUGACUGACUGACUGCUUCUUCAGGCUUUAUAUGUUUGUUUUUUUGUUUUUUUUUCUUGACUGUCAAAGCAUACAGGAAAGGAAUGGGAGAACAGGAGAAUUAGGACAGGAGCUUUAGAGAAGGAAGUGAGCUGAGUUGUAGCUUUAGACUGAAAAGGUGGGAGGUGAAAAGUUUGUAUCGUGCAUUUUUAUGUUGCUUCUUAAAGCUUAAAUUAGUCUUUUUUUUUCAAACAUUAAAACACAAGAGGAAAGUAUGAAAGUAUUCGAUUGAAUGAGGCAAAGUGUAAAAAGCAAAGUAUACAGAGGAUAAGAAAAGUGACAGAAAAGAGAAAGGGCAGUGAUAUUUGUUUUAAAACUCUAGCUGUUUGCCUUAAAUGUGUAAUUUGUCAAGCACUUUAAACAGGUGAAGGUCUUAAAGCUAAUGAUACCCAUGUUUAUUGAAUUACAGUGGUGGGACAUUCUGGAGUUUUAAUUGUACGUUUUUGUCUAAUCUGCCAAAAUAUAACGUUUGUUUUGUGUGUCCUUGUGGGCAAGAUGCUGCCUGUCUAAGGAAUAAAAUGUUUUAC